AUGUCAUUGUCCAAAGCAGUCAAAAGGAAAGUCGACAGCAAAGGUAGGACGUAUAAAGAAGAGUGGAGAGAAAAAUAUGCCUUCAUCCUACCUGAUUUUAUGAACGCCAAGCCAGUCUGUCUCAUCUGCAAUGAGGUUGUUGCAGUUUGCAAAGAAUAUAAUAUCCGAAGGCACCACGAGACUAAGCAUGGCAACUUCAAAGCUGCAUAUCCACUCCAGACACUGACAGCUGGAUAUGCACACAGCAGCAAGAUCCUGGUUCGAGGACUCACGGCGCAGCAAAAGGUGACAAGUGCAUCCCUUAAAGCGGCAUGGGUUCUAACCCGGCACAACAAACCAUUCACUGAUGCAGAGGUUUUUAAAGAAGUGAUGGUGGCAGUUUUGGAGGAGCUGGCUACUGAUAAAUCAAUGGAUGGCGUGAUUACCUCAGUGAAACAGGUGCCUCUUUCUGCGAGGUCAGCUUCCCGGCGCAUAGACGCACUGUCAGAUGCUGUGCAUGGAGUCAUUAUCAGUGAUCUGAGUCAGGCCGAAUACUUUUCUCUGGCCAUUGAUGAGAGCACCGACAACACAGAUGUAAGCCAGAUGUGUGUCUAUGUGCGAUAUUUUGAUGGAAAGGAGUUCAGGGAGGAGUUGCUGUCUCUAAUUCCACUAGAGGGGAACGCCACUGGGGAAGUUAUAUUUACCAAACUGGAAGAAUUAUUCAAACUCCAUUCAUUGUCAUUUGAGAAAAUCAACCUCAUUGUGACAGAUGGGGCACCUGCCAUGGUUGGUUGCCACAGAGGUCUGGUGAGCAGAAUGAAGGAGAUCGCGCCCCAAAUGCAUGGAUUGCAUUGCCUUAUUCACCAGAGUGUCCUGUGCGCCAGGCUCAGUGGAGAGCUAAAGGGCGUUAUGGAUAAAGUAAUGCGUGUCAUUAAUUUUGUCAGAGGUACAUCAAGCACACAGCAUCGUCUUUUCCGACAACUUGUGGCUGAGUCAGAGGAGGCCAUUUAUGAUGACCUGCUGCUUCACAACGACGUGCGCUGGUUAAGUAAAGGCAAAGCGCUGGAGCGCUUGUGUGCGCUACUGGAUGAGGUUAAAGCCUUCCUGAGAUUAAGCAAGAUACGAGCUGCAGGCGACCACCUUGCCUUUCUAGAAGAUGAAAUGGCCAUGUCCAACGUUGCAUUUUUAACGGAUAUUUUUGGCCACCUGAACCAGCUUAACAUGCAGCUACAAGGGAGAGAUAAAACCAUUGUGGACCUGGUUGAAAAGCUGGAAUUGUUUACCAAGAAACUGGAGUUGUUCCAGUCAGACAUAUCAAGUGGAAGGCUCUUGCACUUCACUACACUAAAAUCACAGGGACGGGGAAAAGUGACAGGGCUGAUGGUUGACUUCGUCAAACAACUACGAGCCAACUUCAAGUCCAGGUUUGAGGACUACUCCAUCCCGAGGGACAUCAUCGCUUUUGUCCGUGACCCACUCACUGUCCAAAGUGCGGAUUUCUCCUCCCUGGCUAAAAAAAUCAUCCCCUCGUUGGAUGAGGCCGCAUUUCAGCUGGAGCUUAUUGAUUUUCAAACAAGCUCCCUGGUCAGCGAUGCGCUCAGAGCGCAAUCCCUGGAGGAUUUUUGGAUCGCAUGCUCAGAGGAGUACAGGUGGAUUAAGAAACUUGCCUUUUAUGUACUGACGAUGUUUCCCUCUACCUAUACUUGUGAAUUGAGCUUUUCUUCAAUGAACGCCAUCAAGACGCAUGCGAGGAACCGCCUAACGCGCAAAAAUCUGGAGAACUGCUUGUGGAUUAAACUGACAUCCAUGUCGCCAGACAUCCAAAAGAUUGUGACUGAAGGGAGAUGCCAGUUUUCCCAUUAA